AUGUUAGGAGCUAUGAUUCGGCUAUUUAAAGUGAAGGAAAAGCAGAGAGAACUUGCUGAAAAUGCUAAUGGUGGUGUGCCGAUCAAGAAGCAAUCUGCUGGAGAAUUGCGUCUUCAUAAGGAUAUUUCUGAGCUGAACCUACCUAAAUCAUGCACCAUGACGUUCCCCAAUGGCAAGGACGAGCUUAUGAACUUUGAGGUUUCUAUCCGGCCGGAUGAAGGAUAUUAUUUAGGCGGAACGUUUUUGUUCUCUUUCCAAGUUUCCGCAAUCUAUCCGCAUGAAGCACCGAAAGUUAAGUGCAAGACCAAGGUCUACCAUCCAAACAUUGACUUAGAAGGAAAUGUCUGCCUCAAUAUCUUGCGAGAAGAUUGGAAACCUGUCCUCAAUAUAAACACUAUCAUUUAUGGAUUAUAUCAUCUCUUCACGGAACCGAAUUAUGAGGAUCCUCUUAAUCAUGAUGCUGCUGCAGUGUUGAGAGAUAACCCAAAGAUGUUUGAAUCUAAUGUGAGAAGGGCCAUGGCUGGCGGGUAUUAUUUCACUGCCAAAUCUGGUUAUGGAAAUAUUUCUCGUAGUUCAUUCUUGGACUUUGAUCACCAGGAAGAUUCACUUGGGGUUCGGAAGUUGUGUCAACUUGUAUCGGAAGAUCGAUGGUCACCAAUAACGGUAGAAGAAACAGAAACAAUGAUAAACCAAGAUAAAUUUGUGAUCAACCACGAACAUUCACCUCCGCUUCAACCAGUCUUUGUUCCAAUUCUUGUGGUUAACGAACAAACUUGCUCCUCGAUUUUGGAUGCAUGUAAGUGCUCAGUCUUGCUUAGAUAUGGUCUUCAGCAAAUCCAAGAAUACAUCCAGAUGGAUGAUCUAGUUCAAGUGUUAAACAGCAAUGUAGAACAGCUCGAUCACCUGGGUUGCAUGCUAGUUCAGAUUCAUACCAGUGCACCAAAUGACAUCCAAAUUGUCACAAAAUCGGCCCCUUAG